CCUGAUCUGCCGUCACUGAUUCCAAUGCAACAAAGCAUCCCUUCUGUAAUCGCCCACACUUUGACCUAAUUGUGUACUUCUUGGAAGGACCAAGCGAUCCCAGGGAGCCGAUGGAAUGAUAAAGAGAAAUACGAAACGAAUGACGAAGAACGGAAAUAUUUCAAUGAAUUCGAGAAUCAUUGCCAGGGCGGAGUCUGCUUCGGAUGGCGGCUGCGUCCACGACUUCUCAAAGCAGCGGGUCGCCGAGAUGCUUACGUCCUCUAUAUUUUUAUUCCGAAGGAGGAGAAUAAGAACCUUUGCAACGAUAACGAUGACAACAGUACUGUGGCUUCAGAUAAUAUUUUUGCAGUUGCCACCCGUGGUUGUCGGAGCCGUAGGAGGGGAGGGAUCGGGGAGAAUAAAGCCACCGCCACCGCCCCCGCCCCCAAGACACAUGUCACAAAAAUUGGUCGACGCAACAAUAUCGUUGGAAACGAAAACAUUAUUGAGAAACGAAAAUCGGGAAGCACAGGAUGCAAUACCAAAAGUUCCAGAGCACGUGACGAUGGCAAGACUUAACAAGGACUCCAAUAUCGUUCCCCCUCCACCACCUCCGCGAGUUGUUCCAGAACAGGCAAGUGUUGGAAGAGCAUCGCAGAAGGCCGAACAGGAUGCCAGCCCGAAGCAGGCGAUAUCGAAGAAUCUUUUUGUUGGCAACGAUUUCAAGCCACCGCCACCUCCGCCGCGACGCAGUUCCACAGAACGCAAGGAAGAGGUGCAAUAUCAUGGACAAGCUCCUGAAGRUGCCGCCUCUACUUCUGUCUCCAUUUCACAAGAAAUAGAACAAAAAGAAAUACUACGUUAUGGUGAGAAAGAGAAGGACGAAGCGAAGAAAGACGGAUAUUUGCUUGCAACAACAGGUUCAGUUCGUGCUCCCCGGCAACGAGGACCGGCAUCACUAGCAACACACAUGGAUGUUGGCCAAGCACAGCACACGAAAGAACGCCAUGCUGGCCAUGUUCAGAGACAAUCAGAACCUUCACCCGACCGUUGGCAGCAAGAAGAUCAAAACAAAUACCAAUGCAAAAGCCAAAAUACGAAAUCCAACUACUAUCAAAACGCAUCUAGUUACCAACCCCAACCACGCGGGCAUCUUGAAGAGCGUCACCAGCAACACCGUCAACCCCAGCGGCCUUCGCAGCCCUCCCCUAGCGGAGUGCCAUCAUCUGCUGUCACAUCGGCCUUCAAGGGACUCUGGGGAAAAGUCGAGCAGAGGUUGGAUGAUUUGGCAAACCUUGAGGACACCGUAUCAGGUAGAGCCCAACGAUUGGUCAACACCGCAAUAACCACAGCAUCGACUGCAUCCAGAAUUUCUCCUUCCAGGAUUCGAUUAUUGGCGGAGUCUGGAGCUGCAGCCGCGGCGAGAGCAACACCUGCAUCUAUGGGUAAUAUCGCAAGAAAAAAGAAUGCUUCUCCUUCGGUUCUGGGUGCUACAUCGGUCCCCUUAAAAUCUUACGGACAAAAAUUCCAAGUAGCCAUACAAGAAAAGGAACGACAACGAAACGAUCAAAUAAAUCAGGCAUCCCAUUUGGCAAACGACAAGAGCAAGAGCAUUUCUGCCAAGGGAGGGGCUACUUCCUCCCCAUACCACCCACCACAACACCCAUCUCCGCCGACAUCGUCCUCUUCGCCCCCUGGUAACCCCAACACCGAUUCAGCUGCGUCAUCACCGGAGAAAAAGGAUUCAGCGAACCAAAACGUCAAUGUGAAUGGAAAUCAAGGAAGAAAUUCCUAUGAUCUAUCACGGUCAUCUUGGGAAGCACGUCCGCCUAUUUCUCAAACUGAUCGUGGAAAUGUCGCUCCACCUUCCGAAACGACAGCAUCUACCCCAAGUGGUGGAAAAGGGACGUUUGUUCCUCCCAAUGCGAAUUCAAAUGCAAAUAAUGGUUCAUCACAAGGAAAUCGCGAUGGAAGAUACAACUCAGGCAACUAUGGUAGCAGCGGUCCUGGGAUGAACAGCAGACAGUUUAGCAAUCCGUCUCGAUCAAACGAGCAGCAACAAAGCAGUCACUCUAGGAAUUCACGUAUACCAUGGGAUACUUCAGAGAAAUCACUUUCUCCUCCAGCAAGGUCGGUUCAAUCGCUUCCCAAUCGAUCGGGUUUGGUUCACAGAUUCGAUGAUUACGACACUCCUUCUUGGAAACGUGCACUGGAAAAACUUGUGCCCCCUAUACCAUCUCUACCAAACAUCGGAAAGAUGAUUCCAAGAUUUCGACGAGGAAACAUACGAUACAGCUCUGCAAAUUUAGAUGCCUGGGAUGCAGCUUACGGCGAAGAUAGCAAUAGCAGAGGUGGAAUCUUUGGUUUCUUUAAAAAGAGUAAAGCAGGCUCUGGGUCUUUGCCUUCGUCGAGCACGCCGUUUCGACAAGACAGACGAGAUAAGAACGAUGAUCAACCACCUCUGAUUGCUAGCAUGCUCUCUCGCUGCGACAAUGGAAAGAAGACAUCUUUGCUGUGUGAAGCAGACGUACGAGCAGGCAAUGCCAUCGGCCGCUACAAGGCUGCUUUGGAUAUACUAUUCAUUCUAUCUWCCAUAUUAGGAUGCAAGUUAUUACCGGGGCUGGGAGAUAUAACGUCUCUCCCUACCUCUUUCCAAGAGGCAACAGAAGCAGUUCUUACGAUAGGCAGAUCGAUUCUAAGCGAGCUCUCAAUGGGUUCUUGGGCCUUAUUCGCUUUCCUAUACGCCUAUUUAUUCAAGUACGCACAGGAAGUGUUCCUGGAUCAGAAAACUGAGAGUCUUGCAUCGUCUGUUGCUUCGUCAGUGAAAGAGGAGUCUGAAUACGCCCAGCUUUAUCUUCGACUUACGGCAGCAACACCAAUGAAUCGAAACCUACCAGAUCGCCUCGCUGCGAUAUCCAAAAACCAAGUUGUUAGUGUUGUCUCCAAGGCACGUCUGAAUUCUUUUGUUUGGAUCGUGUUAACAUCUUUGACCGUAAUGACAGUGUCUGCAGUUGGUCCAAUACUUCUGGCAUUCUCUUCAGCGUUCACCAAGAUUGCAGUGAUGAAAGAAUGGCGCCAAUGGCCUAUUGAAUGGCAAAGUCUUUUUGGUUCAAGUUUAAUUUUGAUGCAAGACUUGUUCCACACUCUUGAAUCGCACGGUACACGAGCAUUCAGCGCUUUCGUAGAGAAGCCGAUGCAAUUCUCCUUCCAUUUAUGUAUGUUCGGCUGUCUCAUAAUCAGUACUCUCCUGCCACGUCUGGAGGAACGACGAGCCUUAGCUUCGAAACGUGAUGAAGACGAGGAUCUAGAGGAAGACGAUGCGUUAUCUUCAAGCUUUGAAAGCGCGGAAGAAUGGUCAAGACUUGGUACUUCAAGUGCCAGUCGUUUAAGCAUGCUGUCGGAAAAUGGCUCGGUGGAGAAUGCGCUAGCUCGAUGGCGGGGGAGUCACUUAUCGAAUAUCGAAGAAUCUGCAUCUCGUGGCCCAUUAUUAUCUCUGGUUCGUUUUGUAGCUUACACUCUGUUGGCAGUUCUGGUGACAGGGUUGCCCGUGGCUGUCUCUUACUUCCUUGCUGACGAUACUUCAUCUUCCUCAAACAUCAUGUCAUUUUUCCGAUGGGACUCCUUGUUUGAUUUAUCAUUUAUUCAGCUCUUCCUCUUUGGUCUCGUUUAUCGAGCACUUCAAAAAGUCAUGGAAUCGGUUACUGAUGCAUCGAUGGUCAAAAACUUCCAGGAAGACUUGGUGAGCAUAAAGAACGAGAUCGAGGAGUCGAACAGAGGCAAUACAGACUUCCAAGUAAUGGGCUCGGUUUCUCCGUCUGCAGGAAUUGCAGUGAGAGAUUUGUGGGCAGCGCAUGUAACAAAACGAGCAUGGGCUGUUCGUGGGGCCAAUUUGCAAUGCAAGAAUGGAGAGAUCGUCGCUAUCUUGGGAGAAGAUGGCAACGGCAAAACGAGACUUCUUACAUCACUAGCUGAAUCUCUGACAUUUCCUCCAAAGCGCACGGUAACGACAAAUAAAGUUCGUGGCUUCAUUUCUAUCGGUGGGUUGGAAAUAUCCAAAUGGAAUCGGAAAAUGUUGAAGCGUCGAUUGGGAAUUUUGCUUUCUGAUGUUCGUGUGGUUGCUGACUCCGCAAGCUUGUUUUCUGGGUGGACUAUGGAGGAAAUUCUUGAGCCAAUCGAUGGAGUUCGUUUAUAUAAUAAUGAUUCCCUACAACGAACGUAUACAUCCGCUGAGAAAUCAGCAAUGCUAUUGGCACUCAAGGUACGACAUGGCAUUAUUUUAUGAAUUAUCUCAUUUUUGUUACUUUCACCAGCCAGCUCUUUCUCACUAUGAUCCUCGAACUUCUCUUUUUGUACUCUUAUUCUCAUAGCUCACUGGACUUUACGGGACUCUCCUUUCGAGACUUCCCUCAAAAUCAUCAACAAUUUUCACAGCCAACGAGGAAGACUUGCGUCCUACAACCCUCAAACCUCGCUCUACUCUGUUAUCCCCAGGGGAGUGGUCCAAAUUAAUACUUGCUCGGGUAUUAUCUCAAACUAUAUACGACAAUGAUAAUGCUCUUUCCUCAAACGAUAAGAUUGAGAACAGUAUGUUGGGCUCGAUACUUUUGUUAGACGAGCCGACAACGAUGCAUUCCGAAGUAGACGAAGGCCAACUGUUCCGAGACUUGCGUCUCACUGGAGCCGCAACGGUUAUAACUACAAAUAAGUGGGCAACUGGACGAUUUGCAGACCAUAUUUGUGUCAUGAAGAAUGGAUCCAUUGUAGAGAUGGGGAACCACAACGAAUUGCUUGCUCGUGGUCCACAGCAGUCAUUAUAUGCAGCUAAGUGGCAUGCCAUGACAAUGCAGUAAUUCAUAGAAUGUCUCAAUUCCAGAAAUUUGUUUCCUCAUUAACUAGUCACAAAUGGAGUUUCGUUGUACUCUCCUUUUCAGAGCCAAAAUCAAUUUCUUUCAGUUUGUGUCAUAGUAGACAAGUGUUUAAUAAAGGGAUUAGAUUAUG